CGCCCUGGGGCCGGGAGGGUGGGAGGACGGAAUUUCCCUGCGCGGGGGCUGCGGCGUCCCCGGCCACCCGGCGGGCCCUUUCUGUUUACGGAGAGAAAGGGGAAAUGGAAAAGGCGGGGAGGCAGUUGGCGUCGGCUGCACAGCCCGGGGUCGGUUCAGACGCGCGGAGUCCCGGGCACGCCGCGUAUCCCUCCUCCCGGUGCCGGAUCCGGGGUCCUGCACCUGCGGUCGGCGCCCGGGGCCCCGGCGUGCCUGGCUCCCGCAGGCGGGCCACGCGCUACGCACCGGGGACGCGCGGAGCGUUCAGGGAAGACGCGAGCGGCCGGCUUCCAGCAGGCCCUGGAAAGCACCUUGCGCAAGGCCUCGGGAGGUGUGGACUCGCGGCUCCUCCCCCUUCCUCCUUCUUCCCGGAUCCCCGGCGACCGGACAGUGCUCGCCUGGGCUGUGGCAGGAGAAGCGGAGACCCGCUGUCACCGCGCCUCCUGCGGGGGACGCUACCCCGACAGCUGCACUCCGGUUGCUGAGUCCGGGUUGGUUGAUCGAGGUGUUCCCUGGAGAUGUGUGCUUUGUACUAUCAAAGAAUUCAGGUCUCAGGAGGGGACUGGUGACUCACAGACUCCAGCAGGGACCACAGUGAUGGAGUACAUGAGCACCGGAAGUGAUGAGAAAGAAGAUAUUGAUUUAUUAAUUAAGCAUUUAAACAUGUCAGAUGUCAUAGACAUAAUGGAAAACUUUUAUGCAAGUGAAGAGCCAGCAGUGUACAAGCCCAGUCUGAUGACCAUGUGUCCGGACAGCAUUCAAAACAAGGAGCGAUCAGAGUCGCUACAUCGGAGUGGCCAGGAGGUGCCAUGGCUCUCGUCUGUCAGAUAUGGGACUGUGGAGGACCUGCUUGCCUUUGCAAACCAUAUAUCCAAUACUGCAAAGCAUAUUUAUGGACAUCAACCACAAGAAUCUGGAAUUUUAUUAAAUAUGGUAAUCACUCCCCAGAAUGGACGCUACCAAAUCGACUCAGAUGUUCUCCUCAUACCUUGGAAGCUGACUUACAGGAACAUUGGCUCUGAUUUCAUUCCUCGGGGGGCCUUUGGAAAAGUGUACUUAGCACAGGACAUAAAGACCAAGAGCAGAAUGGCAUGUAAACUGAUCCCUGUUGAUCAGUUUAAGCCAUCUGAUGUGGAGAUCCAGGCUUGUUUCCGGCAUGAGAACAUUGCUGAAUUAUAUGGUGCUGUCCUGUGGGGCAACACUGUUCAUCUCUUCAUGGAAGCAGGCGAGGGAGGAUCUGUUCUAGAGAAGUUGGAGAGCUGUGGGCCCAUGAGAGAAUUUGAAAUCAUUUGGGUGACAAAGCAUGUUCUCAAGGGACUUGAUUUUCUGCACUCCAAGAAAGUGAUCCAUCAUGAUAUUAAGCCUAGCAAUAUUGUUUUUAUGUCUACAAAAGCUGUUUUGGUGGAUUUUGGCCUCAGUGUUCAAAUGACUGAAGAUAUCUAUUUUCCAAAGGACCUCCGAGGAACAGAGAUUUACAUGAGCCCUGAGGUGAUCCUGUGUAGGGGCCAUUCCACAAAAGCUGACAUCUACAGCCUGGGGGCAACACUCAUCCACAUGCAGACUGGUACCCCACCCUGGGUGAAGCGCUACCCUCGCUCUGCCUAUCCUUCCUACCUAUACAUAAUCCACAAGCAGGCGCCUCCUCUGGAAGACAUUGCUGAGGACUGCAGUCCGGGCAUGAGGGAGUUGAUUGAAGCUGCCCUGGAGAGGAACCCCAACCACCGCCCAAGAGCAGCAGAACUACUGAAACACGAAGCCCUGAACCCCCCCAGAGAGGACCAGCCCCGCUGCCAAAGUCUGGACUCUGCCCUCUUUGAAAGGAAGAGGCUGCAGAGCAGGAAGGAGGUGGAGCUUCCUGAAAACAUUGCAGAUUCUUCAUGCACUGGCAGCACCGAAGAGUCUGAGAUGCUCCGGAGACAGCGUUCUCUCUACAUAGACCUCGGAGCACUGGCUGGCUACUUCAACCUUGUUCGGGGGCCACCAACCCUCGAAUACGGCUGAUAGAUGGCUUUGUCAUUGGCAAACUAAGACGGCACUUAUUUCCUGGAUGUUAGCUCUGCAGACCCCACACUGGUUACCCCACACUGGUUCUGGAUGGUGAAAUUUACCCUUUUUUAGGGGACAGUGAAUCUCCAAUGACACAUGGAUAUCACUCCAGGGACCCCAUUUGUGCAGCUGCUCUGGCACAUGCCAGGGCUCAAGGUUCUCAUUUCUCAGGUGGUGGGACUGGAAGAAAGAGAGGAGAGUUCAGGGAAGAAUCUUUUCUGGUGACUGAGUCCAUCCACUGUGCACUUUGCUGGACAUUUUUAAAAAUAGCACUCACAGGAUAUUAACCUAAAAUUCAUGUUCUUGGUUCUUAUUUAACUAUGAGAUCUUCAUUUAACUCAGUUGAGUUGUGUUGUGUAUAUUUGUGUAUAUUAUAUGGCAAGUCUUUGAACCUCGGAGGGUAGAUUCUAGCCUAAGUAAAUUCUUGUAUUUUGGGUGAAUAGAACUUUAAUACUGUAGCAAUAAACUGCACUAGUGUCUUAUGAAUGGCCAAUUCCCUCAGAGCCACCUGACAACAGACCACUAGUGACGGUUUCUGUUCUGUUCCUAUGGAAACACUGUGUACUGUACAUGCUAUGCUUAAAACAUUUAAAACGUCGUGUUUUAAAUGUGGAUAGAACUGUGUAAACCACAUAAUUUCUGUACAUCCCAAAGGAUGAGAAGUGUGAACUUUAAGAAAAUGGAAACUUUUAUAAAUUCUUGGUGAUCUACAUUUGUAAUCAAUAAGACUAUUUUCUUUAAAGCAUUUGUAUAUUAAAAUGGCAUACUGUGUAUGUUUUAUUCCAAAUGCCUAUGUGAGUCUUUCUUAUACAUAUAUUUUUAGCAUUGUAAAGUAUGUGAAUAUUCUUACUUAAAGUGUCUUUUUUACAUUAUGCAAAUUAAACCCAACACUUUAGCCCAA